AUGGAAGAAGUUGAUAAGGAUCCACAGGAGUCGCCUGAACCGUCUGUGUCCGAACAUCAAGAAGCUGAUAAAGGGGUCUCAGCAGAGGGUCCUGAAGAAGACACAGGGGCCGACGAAGAGUUCAGUGAAGAGAGCCAGUCUGAAGAAGAGGAGGAGGAGGAGGAGGAGAGUGAACAAUUCACCACUUCUCAGCGGAUAAUCAACCUGCAGAGAGAUUUAACGACAUUAGUCACCAACAUUCAAACUGCAGCUGAUGCAAAAGAAUCAAUGCGAAGGAAAGAGUUGGAGGAAGCUCGCAGAACAAGAUUGGAGCGGCUGGAGAAUGAUAUUAAGUCCAGCCAGGAAAAAUUUGAGGAGAUCAGUAGAGGGUGGUCGAUGGCUAAGGAGAAGGUGGUCCCUCAGGAGCUGCAGCAAGCCUUGAACAGCCAGCAGCAGUUGUGUGCUGAGCUCAUAGAGGAUAAGAAAAAACUCAUAAAUGACCUGCAACAGGAGCUGAAGGUUGGAGACGAUCGCUAUGUAAAGGACUUGAGGAAGCAGGCAGAGGAGCUGGAUGUGAUGAUGGAGAGGAUGGAAGAGCAGAUCAAAACCCUGACACAGGCCUACAGGGAGGAGCUGACCCAGAUUGAGAGUGUUUAUCAGCAGGAACGUGAGGUCUUGCUUACAAGACACAAGAUCGACUGGGAACAAUACACGAAGGAGCUCACAGACAACCAGCAAAUGAGAAUUGCUGAGAAGUACGAGAAAGUGGAGGAUUUUGAAGUGAAAAUUCACAACCGGAUGUUGGAAAAUACAGAUAAAUUCUGCAUCACCAAAUUUGAACAGGCUGAGAAGUCUCAGGUUUUGGAGAGGGAACAUCAACAGAUGAAGACCAGCCGCAUGAUCAUUAAUUUAAAACAAAAAAAGGAAGAGAAUGAGAAAGACGGACACAACAUGCAACUGAGCCACACAAAGAGCAGAAUUUCAAAGGUGAAAGACCUAACGACCGUGUAUGCCAGGCAGGAGAAACAAUUUAAGCAGAAGCACUGGUAUUUGUCUGAAGAGUACAAACGCAAAAUCCAUCAAUAUGAACGCAUACAGAAGAAAAUUAGGCACUUUGCAGUUGCUGACGCCAGGAAGUUUGAGGAGAUGUGGCUGAUGAUUGAAGCUGAGGUGAAGCAACUAGUGGAGCAGGCUUUGGUCUUUGACUCAAUGAUCUGCAAGCAACACCUUUGUCUAGCGUGGGAGAGACCUGCUAUGGCAUUCAUGGAACUUACUGGUCCACUCAAACCUCAGAAACAGUCCCGGAGUCCCACUCACCAGACUUUCUCCCAGCUGUUUCAAACUGGGCAGGCUGCACAGUGCAGCAAGGGGAUGAUAGACGCCUCAGUUGGGCCUAGACUGGAGACUGAUGCUGAGAGCACAGGCAUGGAAGUGUGCAGGGAAGGGACAGCAGUGGAGAGUGGGAGAGCUGCGAAGGAGGAAGGGAUGGUGUCAGUGGAGACGAUGAAGAAACUUAUGGAACUGCUGUGUGAUGAGUCGGGCUUCCUGAUGGAGGAUAAACUGCUGAAGCUGCUGGCUUCCCUAAAGAUGGAUGAACAGACUGUGGUGAAGCUGGACUCUCUCCUUUGUGCUUUUGGCAUUGACGAGGCAGAUAUGCCCAAACUGGCUGAUUUCUUAUUAAAGCACCAACAACAGCAGAGAAAGUCAGCUGAGGAUGUUUUUGCUGAGUUGGGUGAAUCUAUCAACUCUACGACUAAUCUGACCUCUAAAUCCAUCCAUGCUAACUAUGUCCUGCCAGCUUUUAAGAGUUUCCUCAAGCAGCACAUGCAUUACAGGGAGAGCUUAGCCCACCCGCAGCCCAGCUUUCAGUUUUUAGAUGUCCGGGAUACUUCAAAGGAUGAAGCUUACUGGGAGAGUAUGGGCAACAUCAUCUCUGAGGACAAAGUCAGUCUCUGGGAGGCAGCGGAGAACACACUGAAACAGCACCUUUCGGUCCUGACAGACAUCUCUGAGCUCAUCACUGAGACCCAAAGUCUGAAGCAGCAGAACACAGAGCUGCGGAUGUUGCUGCAACAGUCUCUCACAUCAAGAGUCACCACAGAGCUGGAUUUUCCAUAA